GGGCGGCGGCGCCGGGGCCGGUGAAUCAUCGCGGCGCACGCCGAGCCCGCGGCGGCGGAGGGCGGCGCUGGAAAAUGGCUGAAGCGGGCGCGGGCUUGCUGGAGCAGCUCAAGUCCUGCAUAGUCUGGUCCUGGACGUACCUGUGGACCGUGUGGUUCUUCCUCGUGCUCUUCCUCGUCUACGUCCUGCGCGUGCCCCUGAGGAUCAACGACAACUGGAGCUCGGUGAGCAUGUUUUUGAACACAUUAACACCGAAGUUCUACGUGGCCCUGACAGGCACUUCCUCACUAAUAUCAGGGCUCAUAUUGAUAUUUGAAUGGUGGUAUUUUCGCAAGUACGGAACAUCAUUCAUUGAACAAGUCUCCGUAAGCCACUUGCGCCCCCUCCUGGGUGGGGUUGACAACAACUCCUCCAACAAUUCUAACUCCAGCAAUGGGGACUCCGAUUCCAACAGGCAAAGUGUCUCAGAAUGCAAAGUAUGGCGAAAUCCACUAAAUUUAUUUAGGGGUGCUGAAUAUAAUCGGUAUACUUGGGUGACAGGACGAGAGCCUUUGACUUACUAUGACAUGAAUCUCUCUGCCCAAGACCACCAGACAUUCUUUACUUGUGACUCAGACCACCUGCGUCCUGCAGAUGCAAUAAUGCAGAAAGCCUGGAGAGAGAGAAACCCCCAAGCUAGGAUUUCUGCAGCUCAUGAAGCCUUAGAGAUAAAUGAAAUUAGGUCCAGAGUUGAAGUUCCCCUAAUUGCUUCCUCUACCAUCUGGGAGAUAAAAUUGUUACCAAAGUGUGCGACUGCUUAUAUUCUCUUGGCUGAAGAGGAAGCAACGACCAUUGCUGAAGCAGAAAAGCUGUUCAAGCAGGCCCUGAAGGCUGGAGACGGCUGUUAUCGGCGUUCGCAGCAGCUACAGCAUCACGGGUCCCAGUACGAAGCCCAACAUAGACGAGAUACCAAUGUCUUGGUCUACAUCAAAAGAAGGCUAGCAAUGUGUGCCAGAAGACUCGGGAGGACCAGGGAAGCAGUGAAAAUGAUGAGAGAUUUAAUGAAGGAGUUCCCCUUGCUGAGCAUGUUCAACAUCCAUGAAAACCUUUUAGAAGCCCUUCUGGAACUACAAGCAUAUGCUGAUGUUCAGGCAGUCUUAGCAAAGUAUGAUGAUAUAAGCUUACCAAAGUCGGCAACAAUAUGCUAUACAGCUGCCUUGCUCAAAGCAAGAGCUGUCUCUGACAAAUUCUCUCCCGAGGCUGCAUCUCGGCGGGGGCUGAGCACAGCAGAGAUGAAUGCAGUAGAGGCCAUUCACAGAGCCGUGGAAUUCAAUCCUCACGUGCCAAAAUACCUACUAGAAAUGAAAAGCUUAAUCCUACCCCCAGAACAUAUCCUGAAGCGAGGGGACAGUGAAGCGAUAGCAUAUGCGUUCUUUCAUCUGGCACACUGGAAGAGGGUGGAAGGGGCUUUGAAUCUUUUGCAUUGUACGUGGGAAGGCACUUUUCGGAUGAUCCCUUAUCCCUUGGAAAAGGGGCAUCUGUUUUACCCUUACCCCAUCUGUACAGAAACAGCAGAUCGAGAGCUGCUUCCGUCUUUCCACGAAGUCUCAGUUUACCCGAAGAAGGAGCUCCCCUUCUUCAUUCUCUUCACUGCCGGGUUGUGCUCCUUCACAGCCAUGCUGGCCCUCCUGACGCACCAGUUCCCGGAGCUCAUGGGGGUCUUCGCGAAAGCCAUGAUUGACAUGUUCUGCUCGGCAGAGCUCAGGGACUGGAAUUGCCAGAGUAUUUUCAUGCACCUUGAAGAUGACCUGGAAUUGCCACCGGCACCUCAAUCUCCGCAUUUCCAAAACUGAACGUACUCCCGCCCCUCCCCGCCCCGCCCGGUUACUGGAGCCAGAGACACAGCAGCCCUGGAGCCCCUGUCCCCGCCCCCAUCCUGCCUGCCUCGGCCUCCACAGUGGCGGCCUCCGAGCUCCAGGCCCUCAGCGGCUCCCCCCUAGUGUAGGUCUUGGUGGUUUCUUGCUUGGACUCCUCCGCAGGAGUCUUCACUGGUCUCCCUGCCUCCGGUUUCCGCCCCUGCCGUCUUCCUUCCGCACUGACACAAGAACGGGCUUUCCAGACUGCAAGUCUGAGCCUGCCACUUCCCUGCCUGAGUUUCUCCCGAGGUUUCCCGCUGACUCGGGGAUAAAGCCUCAGCUCUGUAGCCACGAGGCCCCUUCUGAUCUGGUCUUUGCUUGCCUCUUGAGCCUCAUCUCUCCCAGCUCUUGCACAGACACCGCUCUUGGGCCACAGUGAAUUACUCACCAUCCCAGAUGCCCAGACUCUUGGGCACCCCGGUGCCUUUGCACAUGCCGUUUGCUCUGCAUGGAAUGCCCUUCCCCGUCACCACUCCGGCUCGUCUGCUCGACUAACUCCUCUUCGUUCUUUCUCACUCAGCUUUCUUUCCGGGUUUCUCCUAAGCUGAGUUCGAGGUCUCUCCUCUGAGAUCCCACAGUAUUCCAUGAAUACCUAUUUCAUCACAUUUCCUGUACUAUAUUAUAACUAUUGGAAACGUGUCUGUCCCCCUUUUAGAAUGUGAGCUCCUUGAGAGCAGGACCGUGUCUUCCUCGUCUCUGUAUCCCCAAAGCUUUGCACAGUGCCUUGCACUUAGUAGGUUUUCAAUAAAUGAUUGUCAAA